AUGUGGGUCCUUAGGCGAGACAGCAUCCAGAAACAGAAAGCAAUAUUGGGUUACAAGGCUCUUUACUGGAAAGAACGAAGCGAGGUGCUAAGUAAGGUAGGUCUCGCCAGAUCCAAUUGA